GCGACAGAUGGCGAAAAUGCUAAGCCAAGGGCUCAAGGUGUCAAUUGUCUUGACUUGUAUUUAUUUCAUUUUUCUCAUAUUUAACAAAGCAAAACUGAAACCAAAUUCGCCAUCGUCAAAACUUUCCAACCAAUCUGAUGUUAAUGUUAAUGAAGUUCAUCUGAAAGAUUGUCAGUGCUCAAGAAGAAUUAGUGCAAAUGACGAUCCCGUUGUAGGUUUCGGUGUGACGACUUGUGGAAUGGAUGCAUUUCAACGAGGAUCACGUCAAAAAGUGAUAUCAUACUCGUAUUUUGGGGACCCCCAAAUACCCACUCAACGUCAGUAUUUCCAAGGCAUAGCAUUAAAUGCCCGACGGAUCCACCAAUUGUAUCCCGGGUGGGUCAUGCGGGUCUAUCAUAAUCUUACAAAUAAGGCUCAACUCUGCAAUUUGACGUGCCAUAAUUCUAACCUCGAUUUCUGUGAUAUUCACUUCAAUCCCCAAUUUGGAUCUCUUCAGAGUAUUUUGCCCACAAUUUGGAGAUUUGUGCCAUUGGUUGAUGAUCAGGUGUCUAUCGCCAUGUUUCGUGAUUUAGACAGCGUGGUUUCAGCGCGUGAGGAAUCAGCUGUCCAAGCAUGGAUCCAUUCGAAGCACGUGUUCCAUUUUAUGCGGGACCAUCCAGGUCAUAAUAUGGAGAUCCUGGCGGGAAUGUGGGGCGCCAAGGUGGAAUCCAUGCGAAAUACUUUGGCUAAAGUCGUCUUUCAAAUACUUCAAGAUCGCGCAGCACGAGCCCAGAGUCUGUUCCACUCCAAUGAUCAAGUGAUUCUUGUCAAAUACUUGUGGGAAUGGGGCAAAGACUUGGCCCUUCAACACGAUAGCUACCAUUGUCAGGAUUUUUCCAAGACGUCAGCCUUCCCCACUCAACGAGAAAUGGCUCCCAACAACUUUGUUGGAGUGCCAUUUGUCGAUCAGUCCUCUCUCAAUGUAUCAUGUCCCCCAAAAUGUCGUCCCAGGGAUCACAGAAACUGGGAGUAUUGUUGAGGAUCCAUCAAUA